AUGGAUCCUCAGGAAAAUGCUACCCAACCACCAGUCAACCCCAUCUGUAGAACCAGGGAUGCUCCUUACUCCUAUGAAAUCUUGCAAAGUCUUGAUACGACUGGUAUAUUGCUCUUUGCUAUGUUAACAUUAAUGACGCUCGUAACACUGUUGGUGUUUUUGGAAGAAGCUUACUAUAUGUACAGAAAAAUUCCUAGCCACAAAUAUUACUUAAUCAUUUGGAUAAAUGCAGGAGCCAUGAUGAUUUCAACCACGUCCUGCUUUGGAAUGUGGAUUCCACGUAGCACCAUGUUUACAGACUUCACCGCCUCUGUGUUCCUUGCGAUGUUAGUACACAAGUUUCAGCUCAUGCUGGUAAAUGAAUGUGGAGGAAGAAAAGAAUUUCUGAGCAAAUUUGGUGAUACGAAGCUCAAGAUUAGCACUGGUCCCUUCUGCUGCUGUUGCCUGUGCCUGCCCCAUACAGACAUCAACAGACGGACUUUAUUCAUCCUGAAGCUGGGUACGUUUCAAUUUGCAUUCCUACGCCCGGUACUUAUGUUUCUGGCUGUGGUUCUUUGGACAAAUGGAAACUUUGUAAUUGGCAAUUCAUCUCUGAAUAAUGCCACAAUGUGGAUCAAUUUUGCCAUUGCUAUUAUGACAAUAACAGCACUUUGGGCAGUGGGAGUUUUGUUUAAUCUGGUAAAGAACACUUUGAAUGACCAAAAUAUUGUUCCCAAGUUUGCAGUCUAUCAGUUUACAGUCAUUCUGAGCCAACUGCAAACUGCAGUCAUCAAUGUUCUUGGUACAAUGGGUAUUAUUGGUUGUGUUCCUCCUCUCCCCGGCUCAUCAAGGGCUUCCUACAUGAACCAGCAGCUUCUCAUUAUGGAAAUGUUCCUGGUCACAGUCGUCUGCCGAGUGCUUUACCGGAGGAGAUAUGACGAGGGGGAAAAUCUUAUAGAAAACCUAGAGACCAAUGAUAAUUUACAAAACAGCAUGGUGUAUGUAAAUCCCAAAGCUUUGGAAGAUGGACCCUACAGUACUUAAAGGGCACCAAGACACAUUCUCAGUAGAUUGUUGUGUUUUAACUUCUUGUACUGAAACUUUAGAUCUCACACUUUGGGGAACAUGUACAAAGUUCAGUGUAGUUAUAGUAGCUCAGCACCUAUUUUACACAUUGCCUGACCACUACGAAUAUACAGUUCAGCUGUCACUGGUGCUUCUAUAACUGCACUGACUGACCAACUGCAUCGUGCACUGUGGCUCUGUAUCUUUAGAAAAGCUUCUCCCGGUCUACAAGAAAGUGCAGAGCAUUUGUGGCCUUUACCAUUGCUUUGAAUUUAUAGUGCAGCUGCUGCAUUGUAUAUUUCUUCACUGUACAUGGAAUUCUAAGCUACCAAGUCACAGUAGUGAAGUUAUAAAUUCCAGCACACCUCCAAGUACUGGCACACUAAGAGGUUGCACUGCCUCUCUACAUUCUCAAUAUGUAGCGGUUGCAUCUGACUCCAUUUCACUUUUUUUG